UGGGUGACAUUUGGUUCUCAGAUAUCAGAUGAGAUGGCAGAGAGUGUGUUGACGUUAGCAUACGACAGUGGAGUGAACCUGUUUGACACGGCUGAGAUUUACGCUUCAGGCAGGGCAGAGACGACUUUGGGAAACAUCCUGAAGAAGAAAGGAUGGAGGAGGUCCAGCUACGUGGUAACCACCAAGAUCUACUGGGGAGGACAGGCGGAGACAGAACGAGGAUUGUCCCGUAAACACAUCAUUGAAGGUCUGCGUGGCUCCCUCUGCAGGUUACAGCUGGACUACGUUGAUGUAGUCUUCGCCAACCGGAACGAUAUCAACACGCCAAUGGAGGAAAUUGUCCGUGCAAUGACUUUUGUCAUUGACCAGGGGUUAGCCAUCUACUGGGGAACGUCACGUUGGAAUGCUGUGGAAAUCAUGGAAGCCUACUCUGUAGCAAGACAGUUUAACUUGAUUCCUCCAGUGUGUGAACAGGCAGAGUAUCAUUAUUUCCAGAGAGAGAAGGUGGAACUGCAGCUGCCAGAACUCUACCACAAGAUAGGUGUUGGAGCAAUGACCUGGUCUCCGUUAGCUUGUGGUCUGCUUACGGGAAAAUACAACGAGGGUGUUCCAGAAAGCUCAAGGGCCACCAUGACGGGAUAUUCAUGGCUGAAGGAGCGUCUCUUCAGCGAAGACGGCAAGAAGCAGCUGAGUAAAAUCAAAGAUCUUCUCCUGCUGGCUGUCAGACUGAACUGCACACCUGCUCAGCUCGCCAUAGCGUGGUGUCUCCGUAGUGAAGGCGUCAGCUCAGUUCUUCUCGGAGUCUCCAACACAGAGCAGCUGCUGGAGAAUCUGGGUGCUCUCAGGGUUUUGUGUCAGUUGACUCCGCCCCUCAUCACAGAGAUGGAUGAGUUACUUGGUAACAAGCCACGGAACCUUAAGAAGGAGGUGCGCAGUUAAGGUCAAAUGUCCAACACUGUACACAUGAGAAAAAGAUGGCUGCCUCAUUAUCAUAAAGACUUGGGCUCCACCGUCACUGUCCAAAAAAAACAGAGACUAUAUUUUUAUUUUUUUGGCAUUACUGACCACAGACCCAAUCAAUACCAAGGUGUGUAUUCAACAAUCAAUAAUUAUUUGUCAAUACUGACCAAUACAGACUGAUCUAAAGGUGAAGUAACACUGUUGAAAUAACUGCACAAUUGUAAGUUACUGUUCAAUGUAUGAAUGAAGUUAGUUAUUAACAUGUUUAUUUAUUUACUUAUACAACUUCUAAUUUCUCAGUUUAAAAGCACAUUUAUUUCAAGUAGAUUAAUUAAAUAAUUUAAAUAAAAUGUGACUUAUUUCAACAAAUGCUCCAAACAGAUUAAAAUUGAUUGAAUUGAAUAUAAAAAAAAAUUGAUUUUGAACUGAUUUUAUUUUUAGAUAUCUCGGCAGAACCAACACUGUGACACACUUUACCACCAAAUUGUAGUUACAGUAAUGUAAAGAAAAAUACAGACAUUUGUAUAUUUUCUGAUUGUAGCAGCCAUAGAUUAUUUAAAAUCCAUCAUCCACUACAGAUAAUCUAUAUAAAAAAAAACAAAAUAAUUUAAAAAAAUCAAUAAAUGUCAGAUUUCAAUCAAGAUAAAAAAAAUAACAAUCACAAUAAUAAGAUGCCACUCUGAUGAUGUGUUUCCAUAAACACAAAGUGACCUUUAUUGGUCACAUGAUUUGAUUGACUCUAGUCACAAAUUGACUUGACUUGAUUUUUUUUUCAUUCCUUUAUGUAGUACACAAAAACAAAAAAAUGUAUAAACCAUCACCUGAAAGUACGAUGUAUGUCCACCAGGGGGAGCAGAGAUGCAUUUACUGUUGACACUGGUAAGCAUAUAUAAUAAUUAAAUUUAUCUAAAAGGUAAACUGUUAAAAAAAAGCUGUAGUCACAAAUUAUAGGUAGCUAAAGAUUAGCCAAAUAUAAAUUGAAAUGCAUAGAUCACACCAUACAUGUUAGUCAAGAAAGUUUACAUGAAUAGUUGAAUACAAUUGUUUGUGAAAUACAUAACAUUUAAAUGAAAGAUAGGGAAAAUAUUUAGCCAGUAGAAUAAACCUAACCAAAAAUAUAGAGGAAAAAAACACCUUAACCAAAGGAUAGACAUUACCAUAGAAAUGGUCAAAUAUUAGCAAAUAAUCUAGGAAAAAUAUUUACAAUGAAUUACUAAAUCACAAAAAUAGUAAAUAAACAAGAUUUGUAAGAAAACAAAAAGAAAGCCUGUAAAUUUAAAAAGUGAAUCAAACCAUACCAUAAAAGCAAAAAUAAGCCAGAAUAAGCUACGACCCAAAGAUAUAUGACUUAUAUAUAAAUAAAAAAUAGUAAAAAGGCUUUUGGAAAUAGUCAGACAAUAGUAAUAAUGAUCACUGAAAAAAAGUAGGUAAGAAAGAGUGAGAUAGCUAAAGAAACAUUUCUAAAACAUCAUAAUAAAGUCCGACUGUAAAUAUUAUGAAGGUAACCAAAAGUAGGUGGCAAAAAGGUUCAGACUUAGAAGAAAAGUUGACAAAAGUAAACCCAAGACUAGCUAAAGUUAAAUAAAAUAUCAAAAGCAUAUUUGAUUCAGAUUUUUUUUACUUUUUAGAUACAGUAAAUCUGAUUCUUGUAUCCAUAACUUUUAUUUUGGCCCAUCCAAGGACCAUAGUUGGUCCAUGUUCUAGAUGUUGGACACAUGUGCUUUUAAGAAUAGAUUUGUUGUGUUGUAUAGAGUUUAUUCUGAGAAAAACACAUUAUU